ACGUGGUCUGAGGCGGUCAGAGCCGGAGCCGGCGCUGCCGGCGCCAUGGAGCCGUUAUAUCAGCAAACGCACAAGCAGGUCCACGAGAUCCAGUCUCACAUGGGGCGGCUGGAGACAGCAGACAAGCAGUCUCUGCACUUAGUAGAAAAUGAAAUCCAAGCAAGAAUAGACCAGAUAUUCAGCCAUCUAGAACGUCUGGAGAUUUUGUCCAGCAAGGAGCCCCCGAACAAAAGGCAGAAUGCCAAACUUCGUGUUGACCAGUUAAAGUAUGACGUUCAGCACCUGCAGACUGCUCUCAGAACCUUCCAGCAUCGGCGCUACGCAAGGGAGGAGCAGGAGAGACAGCGAGAGGAGCUUCUGUCUCGCACCUUCACCACUAAUGACUCUGACACCACCAUAUCAAUGGAUGAAUCACUGCAGUUUAACUCCUCCCUCCAGAAAAUUCACCAUGGCAUGGAUGACCUCAUUGGAGGCGGGCAUAAUAUUCUGGAGAGACUGAGGGCCCAGAGACUGACCUUGAAGGGGACGCAGAAGAAGAUCCUUGACAUUGCCAACAUGCUGGGCUUAUCCAACACGGUGAUGCGGCUCAUUGAGAAGCGGGCUUUCCAGGACAAGUACUUUAUGAUCGGCGGGAUGCUGCUUUCCUGUGUGGUCAUGUUCCUCGUGGUUCAGUAUCUGACAUGAGCAGCCAAGCACAGCAGCUGAUCAACGUUCCCACUGCGUGAGAGUGUGUAUGAGUGUGUGUGUGUUUGUGAGAGAGAGAGGAAGGCCCAGAGGCCGCCUUUUGAAACGUAUGCCCGUCUUAACUGUGAAGACCGCUCCAGAGUAAUUGUGAUCUAGUUUCAAACCUGCUCUGUUUCCUGUGACAUCUUGGAGGGGAGGCUAGUGCCACCAAGAUGUGCGGUGCUUAGGAAAUGAAAGAAGUCCCUUUUCUCUCUCACUCUCUGUUGCUCUGACUGGGGAAGGGAAAGAACGUGGUGGCUUUGUCCACACCGCUGAGGUGCACCCUGGGAAGCCUUCCACCUUGCAUGCAGGACUUCCACAUUGUUCACACCUUGUCAUCAUCUGGCCAUUCCAGCUCCUAAUGGAUAGGCAGGAGCAAAAGCAAAAAGGAGAGGAAAUAGGCCUGCUUUUCUUGCACCCGUUAUGGUGGAUCCAUUCACAUGCUCUUGCUCCAUCCCCGUACCCCACCCCAACCCCCCACUGUACACGCAGAGACAGAAAUGAUAAGUAGAUGACUAACUGCUAAUACGCAUCAUCCUUCCCUGGAAGCAGCUACCUAGGGGAAACAGAGGUGUUGAAACUGUUGCUGAUAACUGUGAGAUUUUCCACACUACGGUUGUUGGGUGUGUCUCCUUUCUAGAGUGAGGCUGGUGUUAUUCCCUGCGAGUGUUCAGUUUUGACACUGAUGACCCUAGUCACUGACUUUUUCCCACUUGUUAAUAGAAUGGUUGGCUUUCCAGGUUCAGAGAGGGCCAAGGCUUCGGUGAUCCUUUGCCCCUUAGAAAGUAGCCAUGAGCAAAUGUUAGCGAUUUGUUAAUUACAGUCUCAUGUCUAGUUUUAGCAUCUUUAAUUCUUUGGCUCUGUUCUUAUCUUUGAAAUCUAUUGGCAGCUGCCAGCCAAGCCCCCGUUCUGCCCAGCCAUUGUGAGCAGAUGCCACCCUGGAGAAGUUCCUGGUUUCUGUGCCCUUGUGAGACUGUUUUGAGGGACCACAACCUUUUUCCUUCUCUGAAACCUUGGAUUAAGGCUGUAUCAAUACGUGGUGUAUUGUGGAAUUUAUUAUAAAGCCAGUCUGUCUUGAAGUUCGUCUAAUGUGAUUAAUCAUUAAGAGUACGAGAAAGAGCCAGUUAGCAUAUUUUCUCAUCUGUCACAGGCCCUGCCAGCCCUACCAGCCCUGGGCUCAGUAGCCUCAUGGCAAGACAUAAAAUAGCACUCAAAAUUCCCCAGAAGAACUGGAGACCUGGUCAGUAUUAACCCAACCUUUGAUUGUCUUGCCCCACCCAUUUCCUGUCUUUGUUUCUUGUCGCUUGAACUCUCUGCCAUCUUAUUUCCCUUCUUCUCUGUAAGUGUUCCAUUCCACCUCCCCUCAUUCACCUCCCACCUGUUUCUGUAGCAGUAUUGGUCUCUUCAGGCACAUCUGUGGUAUAGCUUCUCCUUUGGUGAAUUUUCUUAAUUGUCACAGAUUUUUAACCUGAAUUUCCUUGGUACUAAUUUCGCACUUUUGGUCAGAUGGGAUCUCUAUUGCUCCUACCCCUCUGGGCCAAACAGGGGCCCUAGACUUCCAAGGAUGGAGGAAUCCAUGACCCCUUCUAAAAAGAAUUGAGGGCCUUGCCAGAGUGAAAAUAGUGGCCUGGAGGGUGGAUGGAGGGGUGGCGGCAUCUUUAGACCUAGAUCCAACUUUGGGGAGGCACAGUUUGAACUUUUCUUUACACCCAGAACCCCUGCUGUCCCAGGAACCUAGGACAGGGCUCUUGGGAGUCCAUAGAACAGCUGGAUUUUUAGACUGCAAAGACCUGACUGCCCUGUCCGCCGCGCACUGACAGAUCCCACUAGACAGCAUGCUUUGGAGGAAGGCAUGCAGGGAACAGCUGAGCCAUUUGGACUUGAACUCUGGGAGGCAGAAACCCCGCCCUGUACUGGUUGAUGUGAUAUCUUUUUGUAGCAUACACCAGUGUAUUUCCACACUUGCCUUUUUAGCAAUCGUUGGCCUUGAGGUACCUUCCUGCCACACCUUCAGAGCCAUUCUUCCUACUUUGGAAUAAAAUGGGGGUGGUUUGUGGAUCUUUAUUGUCUAGGGCUAGGGAGCAGGAGCCAAUGCGUCCAGACACCCAGGGGCACUGAUACUGCGUGUUACCACAUGACUACCUUCUCUCACACAUUCACUUUCAGUGUCCUGUGAAGCACACACCUUGACCUAACUGGGUACAAGUGUCUCCACACAUAUUCCCCCCACCUUGUGUAGGGAAGGAUCCCAGGCCAGGGAAGCAGCACCCUCUAGUGGAGUCAGGAGUGAAUUCUUAGGUCGAGCUGGCCUACGUUGUUUGCUCCAGUGAAUUUAAAUGGUUUGAUUUGCAAAUUUGGAUUUAUAGCCAUUGUUUCUGAACCAUCAGUUGAAUAAAUUGAGCUUUAUUUUAUUUAGAAAAUUAUAUUUUGUAAAGGGAUUUGACAUUCAUUGUUACAGGUAACAAUCCCUUUUUUUAUAUUUCUUGCUCAGAGAUUCUCAAACUGCUCCAUGGCCAGAGGCUGGACUUACUGCCUCAGAAGCAGCUGGGACACUUUUGAAAAUGACAGAUUCCUGGGGCCUACCCCAGGCCUUCUGAAUUAGGACAUUUUUUUAAGUCUCUACGAUAAUUGUGAUGUGUGUAUUUUGAAACCACCGUCUCCUAGACAGAGGCUUUUGUCUUAAUCAGAGAUGAUAGCAUUUGAAAAUAUGUGCUGAACUAACUCAGCAUAUGUAUGUGAAGAGCAGAACUUGUCAAGUCUAAAAUAAAGUCAUGUUUGUUUAUAUCCUA